AUGAACACCUUGUAUUUAGGUACAAUGACACAAUACAUGUCUACAGAAAUUCUAGGUAAGAUAAGUCUAGAGGAAGUACCAGAUAUUCAAAGUAUUGCGCCUGAUACUGAAAUAGGCUAUGCACUUGAAGUUGAUCUAGAAGCCCAUUUAUAUAAUAAAAGAUUAGUAUAUAAUAAAGAAGUUGGGGGUGGUAAAUAUAUGUCUGAAGAGAAGUUAGUUCAGACCCUUUUUACUAAAAAAAAUUAUAUAGUUCACUAUCGAGCUCUCCAGACAUAUAUGAAGUUCGGAAUGAAGAUUACAAAAGUUCAUAGCGCUCUUAAAUUUAGGCAGUCUCUGUGGAUAAAGGAAUAUAUUGAAGAAAAUAUUCGUAAAUGCAAAAUAGCUAAGGCAAAUGGGGAUGAGUUUGGGGUCAUGUAUUAUAAGCUAAAAAAUAAUGCAGUCUUCGGCAAGCAGAUGGAGAAUGUCUGUAAACAUAUGAGAGUAGAACUACUCCAAAUAGAAGAGGAUAAAAAAAUUAGGCGAUUAGUAAGUUUGCCAUUAUUUGUAGGCUUCAAGCAAUUUGAGAGAGUCCUUCCAGCAGGGCAUAAUUCUAAAACUUCUGAUGAUCCAGAUUCUGAAGAUCCUAAAAAGAAGCAUGGUAUCCAAAAGGCAAAGGGUAUAAAGAAAUGUGUGGGUAGAAAAUAUGAUAAUCUUGCAAAAAAUUAUGGGAACUAUCUAAAGAAACUGCAAGCUGAAAAGGAUCCAAAUAACUAUAUUAAGACACUCGCAGUAAAGAUGUUCCCUAAGGAAGAAGCAUAUACUGAAAGGCUAGAAAAUUAUAGCAAAAGAUAUAAAAAUAAUGAUCUCUAUAGUAGUUUAGAGAAAUUAUAUGAGCUUUAUUAUCAUAUAGCUAAAGAGAAAAAUCGCGAAAAGUCAGAUAAUGAAAUAGAACAGAUGCUCAAAGCAAUAGCAAUCUAG